ACGAUACGUGGCGUGUAUAUAUAUGUCUAAUUACACGCGUAUGUGUACAUCCUCAUGAAUCACCUUAGAACCCAUGAUUGCCUCUCUCUUGUAGUUUCGCAAUUAAAAAUGUCUUUACGAUAGUGAAUGAAAUGCGAGACGUAGCCCCAGGCGCACACAUAGCGAGGCUUGCUUUCGAAUUCUGGGAGAGGUCUGAGAAUCGCUGAGUCGCUGAGAGCUGAAAGUCGCUGUUAAAAAAGAUGGCUCUGGCGGCCGGUAAUCGCGUCCCUUUGAUCGUCCACAUUGCCGUCAUCGUCUCCGCUGUCAUCGCCGCGUGCACUUAGUGCGCGCUCCUCCUACAUCCUCGUUAUCUCCUUUUCCUGCCCGUAAAGGAUCCUUCUCUAGCCGUUCGUCAUUUCAACGAACAUUCGCUCAUCCCGACAUUCACCCUCGCUCAUUUUCUUUGUGACCGUCCCAUUUCGCGAUGCCUCUUCGUGUGACAUUCUUGGAGAAUGUCAACUCUGAAAUGGAAUUCGUUGGUGGCGAUCGUCGUCCGAAGGAUUUCUCGAGGGUGUUGAAGGCAUAAAAGAGAGAGAGACAGAGGGAAUUCCGGCUGUUUCGUAUCUGUUUGUCGUCUUAUUUUCACUAAGCAUCCCGAAAGAAACAGAAACACAAGUGGAUUAAACCAUGGAUCAGACGAAAAAUAGACCGAGUAGACCACGAUUGCGAUCGCACGGUAAUUCUGCCAGAGUGCUUGUGUUUGAUCAAAAUGAAAUGGAGGAAACUGCCAAUAAUGUAGAAACAGAAGUGCAUAAACGUCCAAUUCCGUCAAAAGUGGAAAGCAAGGAAGCUCCAGUUCGACCUGUUAGCGGAGAGUUUUCAAAUCUUGUUCGUAUGAGAAAUUCUGCAAUUGGAAAGUCAGCACCUUCUCUAUCGGUUCAUGUGCGCGACUUCAACAUUCCUCGUCGUGCUGCUAAAGCAGCUCAUCGGAAAUCUUUAAUUUCAACUACAUCACCUACUUUGCCACGUUGCCAUUCACCUUUAGCAUUCGUCCCGAUAAGCAGUCCCCUAGAGAGUCCUAGGAUGUCAUCCAGUCCACACUUUGCUUUUGCUCUUAAAAGAACUGGCGGAGGUGCUACAGGAACUGGCGAUGGCAGAAGAUGGUCAGUUGCUAGUUUGCCAUCCAGUGGCUAUGGAACAACACCUGGUUCCAGUAAUGUUUCGUCACAAUAUUCGAGCCAAGAACGUUUGCAUCAAUUGCCAAAUAUUCCAACUACGGACGAACUGCGUAUGUUGUCUUGUCAUUUUUACAAGCCUGGAACACCGAGCUCUUCACAACCGGGCUUCCCUGGUUCUAGCAUUCCAGGCAGCGCGUCUCUUAGUCUUGAAGAAGAGGGUUGUCGAUCGCCGUUACAUCGUCCACGUUCUCGAAGUUUGAGCAGUCCAAGUCGAUCACCUGUUCUCGAUAGUGAAAUCGUUAUGAUGAAUACCUUGUAUAAAGAAAGAUUUCCAAAGGCAACACAACAAAUGGAAGAACGAUUGACUAAUUUUAUUAAUGAGAAUAAGGAGAUAGAUGAAUACGAAAUAAUGACUAAUAUGACACAAGAUUCAUUACCAAUUUUACGUUUUGUACAUCAUCAAGUAAUCGAAAUGGCCAGAGACUGCUUACAAAAAUCUCAGGAAAAAUUAAUUACAACGAGGUACUUUUAUGAGAUGAGUGAAAAUCUGGAACAUCUUUUAAUGGAAACAAAAGAUAAAUCUUUAGAAGCUGCAACGAGAUUAACAGGACUAAUAAAGAAACUUUUAUUAGUUAUAUCGCGCCCAGCUCGUCUAUUAGAGUGUUUGGAAUUCGAUCCCGAAGAAUUCUAUCAUCUACUUGAGCAAGCAGAGGGUCAAGCUAAAGUCAAUGCAGGAAUAAAAACUGAUAUUCCUCAAUAUAUUAUUACUAAACUUUCUUUAAACAGAGAUCCCAUAUCAGAGUUGCAGGAAGAUUUGAAUAAAUUGGAAGAUUCUGCGAGUUCUAGCGACAGUAAUCUGCAAAUAACAUCAAGUCCAAAUAAAGAUGAUGACAAGUGUCAGCGUGUUCCAUGCGAAAGUGACUACGAAGUAUUGAAGCUUAUUAGUAAUGGUGCUUAUGGUGCAGUAUAUUUGGUGAAAGAGAAGACUACUCGACAGAGAUUUGCCAUGAAAAAAAUUAAUAAGAAUAAUUUAAUGUUACGAAAUCAAGUAGAACAAGUGUUUGCUGAAAGAGACAUAAUGAGUUUUACAGAUAAUCCAUUUGUAGUCUCUAUGUACUGUAGUUUCGAAACUAAGAAACAUUUAUGCUUAGUAAUGGAAUAUGUAGAGGGAGGAGAUUGUGCGAAUCUUUUAAAAAAUAUAGGUCCAUUGCCACCAGAUAUGGCAAGAUUUUAUUUUGCAGAGACUGUUUUGGCUGUCGAAUAUUUACACAGUUAUGGCAUUGUACAUCGGGAUUUAAAGCCUGAUAAUUUACUUAUCACUGCCUUGGGACACAUUAAGCUUACUGACUUUGGCCUUAGUAAAAUGGGUUUAAUGUCCUUGGCAACAAAUCUCUAUGAGGGCUAUAUCGAUCGAGACACGCGGCAGUUUUCGGACAAGCAAGUGUUUGGUACACCAGAAUACAUCGCUCCAGAAGUUAUAUUGCGCCAGGGUUACGGUAAACCGGUUGACUGGUGGUCCAUGGGUAUCAUAUUGUAUGAAUUUCUGAUUGGCUGUGUUCCAUUUUUUGGUGAAACACCCGAGGAAUUAUUUGCUCACACAGUAAACGAUGAUAUUGAAUGGCCAGAUGAAGAUGAUUGGCCUGUUCAACCCGAGGCGAAGGACAUCAUAACGGCACUUCUACAUCAGAAUCCUAGAGACCGAUUGGGGACUGGUGGGUCACAUGAAGUCAAAGAACAUCCAUAUUUUUAUGGAGUAAAUUGGAAUAGUUUACUUAGACAGAAAGCAGAGUUUGUGCCACAAUUAAUUAAUGAUGAGGAUACAAGUUACUUUGACUCUCGUAUGGACAGAUAUAAUCAUGACUUGGGUGAUGAUACAGAUGACACCGAUGAUUCUCCCUUAUUCGGAUCAUUCUCCUCUUAUUCCCCUCAAUCGCGUAAGAUUUCGCAGACACGCCCACCCCAGCUCAAUCCCGACAUAGACUUGGACGCUUCUAAAAAACAAUUCCGUACCGAGCUUGAAGGCACGCUUGCACAAUUGUCCUUUGGGUCGAAUAUAUCGUUAGUCACGCCACCGCUAUCCAAACUCGUCGAUUCUCAAUCCACAUCAUCAUCCGAAAAGCAUCGUACGCCCCUCUUGUCCGUAAAGAGCAAAUCUUGCUCCGAAAAUCAAAAAGCCGACAAAUUAAACAUUGUGUCAUCAUUCUGUACAACUCCCCAGACUACGAUCUCGUCGAGUAACGAGUCUCAGCUUACAAUCGUUAAAGGCACACAGGCUGAAGGAGCAUCGAUUAACUUGAGCACGCCCGAUUCUUCGCAAACCGAAUCUGAAGAUAUUAGUCCUCAGAUCCAGAGAAAGCGACACACGCACUCUCGAGAUAAGCCGCCCAGGUUCAGUAUAUUCAUUGAUGAUGAACUCAUGUUGGAUCUCGCAACAGCGAAUAAAAAUGCGAUAGAGGAGAGCAAGCAUAAUUCUAGUACCGAUUCUUUCGAGUCCUUCAGUGCCAUACCCAUAUUACCAUCUGUCCGACAGAAAUCUCGAUCCGUCAUAAAGUCCGCUUCAACUAGUGGGCUCUCAUUAGUGAUCCCGACUAGUGAUUUCGCUUACGACGCACCGCUGAAUGUUCAACCUAUCGAAUCACCUGGUGGAUCGUCAACCGCAUCUUCGAGGGAUACCUCUCCAUGCCGUGAGCUGAGCCCUCUCGUGACUAGCCUAAAACCGCCCAUUAUCAUUCGUCGAGGCCCAUGCGGCUUUGGCUUUACUGUACACACUAUCAGGGUAUAUUAUGGCGACAGCGAUUUCUAUACUAUGCAUCAUCUAGUAAUGGCAAUCGAACAAUCCAGCCCGGCAUUUGAAGCUGGCUUGAGACCGGGCGAUCUGAUAACGCACAUAAAUGGUGAACCAGUGCAGGGUCUGUAUCAUACUCAAGUUCUGCAAUUGAUGUUAAGCGGCGGUGAUCAUGUGACGUUGCGUAGUACGCCGCUGGAGAAUACUAGUAUCAAAACAGGUGGUAGAAGACGCGAUCUUGCUCAGAGUAAGCUGGCGCGCCGGACGCUGCAUAAACAACGAAAACAAAAGCGGGAUCACUCGGACAAGAAACGGAAAACGUCACUUUUCAAAAGGAUAAGCUCUAAACGGGCAAGCGUAGAGAUGCAGCAGCCGUUAACUAUCAAUUGUCCAUUGUCAGCACCCAUUCUGUCCAGCGACAGCAAACCUCCACUUAUGAUGGCUGGUAUCUGCUCGUCCUCGAUGGUUACAUCUAGUCGAUCUUUUCAGUCGUUUACUCGCUCACAAGAAACGUCAUCGUACUUUGCGGCAUGUUCAAAAUCCGUGUGCACUCCGUCCCCGCCGACGAAUCGUAUCAGCUCGGAUUCUUACCAUUCUACCGGAAACACGAGUCCGUGCUCGAGCCCAAAUUCCUCUUCAUCUCCGGGCUCUAAUACGUCCGUAGGCAAUCUGUCGGGCAUCUCGAAUCAGUCGCACUACCAGCGUCCGAGUACGCUUCACGGUCUCAAGCAUAAGUUGCACACAGCCGCGAAGAAUAUUCAUUCGCCGAAUCGUAGGAAGUCCGUUGGCCACAUACCGUUGUCGCCGUUAGCCAGGACACCAAGUCCAUCGCCGAUUCCUGCUAGUCCGACAAGAAGCCCAAGCCCUUUAGCGUUCCCUACGGGCCAUCAACCGGGUAGUUCCAACACUACGCAGUCGUAUAGUCCAGGAGCAUGCUUAUCGACUCCAAAUAGUCAGAAAAAAGGAUACGGACGUCCCAAGUCUGCAGAGCCGGGUUCACCGUUACUUCGACGAGCGCUCAGUCCUGAUCGACUUCAUCCGCGCUCGGCGGAGAGCAAAACGUCGAUAUCACCAUUGGUGAAUACUGUAGCGAAGGUAACGCCACGCGUGACUAUCGCACAGUCUUCUCACAACAGCGAAAUCUCGGACGAGUCCAGCGUUAAUUUCAAGGAGUCCAACGAAGGUACAAAGAGCGAGAAAAAAGUGCCAAGCGAACAGAAGCCAGAUUAUUCCAAAUUAACUCAUGGCAUAUCCAUUAAUUUAGGAAACGUAGGUAUAUCAAAUUCCUGCGGUAGCACGCAAUUACCACGAAUAGCCGAAGAAAAGGAUUCGCCGACAGGCACUAAGAGCGAUGACUACUCGUCAUCGAAAGAGAUUGGUCUGGAGAAAAGCGAAAAGCAAUCGAUUUAUUGUAGUAGCGAUCAGUCCGUGGAAAGAGUGAGCUCUCAGAGCAACGUACGUCAAGGUAAAACUGUUGACGGCAGCAAGAUAUUGCAAUACAAGAAAAAAGAGGAGAAUACUAUUCAAUCAAGUGUUUCACAAGCAAGCACGCAGCAAAUAACCAGUGUCACGAAUUUACAAAAGAAUUUAGAUCAGAAACAUUAUCAAGGAGAUGAAAAAUCUAUUACUGCGCCGUCCCAUAAGUCAUUUGUUGUCGAGCAAAAAACUACUGGUAAAGGCAAUAUGGAAGCUCACCAAGACGGUAAAAAGAUGCUCAAAAGAUAUAAGGCCGAUAUUGGUGAUAGCGCUCAUUCGAGCAUGCAUGAAAGCAGCGCAGCGUCGGGAAGAGAGAAGAAGAACAAUUAGUUCUGCAUUUUCUGAAUAGAUUUAAAAACAAAGUGUCGGGUGUAUGUAGCUGUUUGGAAUUUGUGUGUUAAUCAAAUGAGAAAUGAAUUAUCCCUUGCGGGAUUUAAAUCGAAUAGCUAUGAGACGCUAAUGAUUACAUGAGAGAUAAGAGACUAAUCAAAAACGAAAAAAAAAAGAAAUUAAAAAAGCAAGAAGAAAAAAAAAAAGAUUGCAGGUUUUGAAUUUAUAGCUUUAUGGAAUUUCUAUAUUCAAACUUAUAGGCUUCCAUCAAAUAAAUACCUGAAAGCGAUUAAAAUAUUGAUAUAUAUUUCCGAGAGGUUUUAUUCUAUUUCCAUAAAAUAUAUUUGUUUGUUAUACAAGAUAUAUCGCAUACAAAAACCCUUCAAAUAAAUAUGCACACAUAAGAGAUACAUUAUUUUAAUUGACCAAACAAAAACUCAAAAUAAUAUUACUAACUUGAAAUCACAAAACUACGUAUUAAAGUUACUCUUUAACGAUUAGAUGAUUCGAGUGAUUUUAUGCUUUGGGCUACAGUAUUUACACGAUCUCAUUUAUAUUUAUAUUUAAAUAAUAUUAGCUAUACACACACACGCGCGCGCGCGCGCGCGCACACGCACGCGCACACACACACACACACACACACACACACACAGAUUAAUUAACAUAGUAUUCAAUGGCUCGCAUGUAAUAUUCUGUCUAUGUAGAAUAGAAUGUUUAUUUUUAGAGAAAGGAGAGAGAAAAAAAGGGAAGACGAAGAAAUGAAGAAAAUAUACAACACUAUUUUGUUGCGAUAGUAACAUACAAGAUGAUUCCGUUGUGCACAAUUGAAAUUGCAAAGCAGUAAUAUAUACAUUAACAAAAUGAAUCUACUCAUCAAAUUAAUAUAUUUUAUUUAUCUAUUUGUGUAUACAUGUAGUUUAUUGUACCAAGUGCAAGAUAUAUAUAUAUAUAUAUAUAUAUAUAUAUAUAUAUAUAUAUAUAUA